AUGUUCUAUUCACCAAGAAGACAGCAUCUUCUCCAUGCUAUGACACGUGGUGCUGCCAUCAUUUGUAAACGAAACAAUGCUGGAGUAGAUUUGAUUAUCCCUGUGCUGCUUGCAUCUUCCAGUUCUGUGGUCUUCACCUCAUCUUUUGCAGAUGAUCCUACUUCCCAAAACAUGCAUCAAUACCCCGAAGACUUUGCUUUUCAACCUGUUCACAUUGAUGAACCAUGUGAUGAUUUAACUUCUGAAACAACUGCUGACAGUUCCAUAAAGACAACUCGAUUAUCAAGUACAG